AGUCAGCAGUUCCCCUGCACUGCCAAAAUCAAACAGCAAUACGACAGGACACGGCAGGCUAACUGCAGGAUAGAGAGCUAUGAGUCAAGUACUGCACCAUAUCAAUAACAGCCCAGCUGGAACAAACGACACACGGUCUAUCUAACUUCAGACAGACAGUAUUCUUGAAGAGAUAAUGCUCUCCUCACAGCCCCUGUCCUUGGGGACAGUGACCUGCUUGGUCCUAAUCUUUGGCCUCUAUGCGACCUCCCUCCCUACCGAUGCUGAGAAGGGAAGGAGGAAAGUUGUUCAUGUACUCGAGGAUGACACUGGGGCAGUGAUUGUUCAGACCGCCCCCGGUAAAGUGAUCACCCACCGGGGAGGCUCCAUCACCCUGCCCUGCCGCUACCACCACGAACCCGAGAGCUCCGACCCCAACCGCAUCCGCAUCAAGUGGACCAAGGUGACGGACGCGCUGGUGUUUGAGGAUGUGUUCGUUGCACUGGGCCUCCAGCAGAGGUUGUUCGGGUCGUAUCGGGGUCGUGUGUCCCUGGAGCAAAACGGACCGGGGGACGCCUCGGUCAUCAUCCACAACGUCACCUUGGAGGACUACGGACGCUACGAGUGUGAGGUCACCAACGACAUGGAGGAUGAUACGGGAUUCGUCAACCUCGAUCUUGAAGGUGUGGUGUUCCCCUACUAUCCCCGGGUGGGGCGCUACAAGCUCAACUACCACCAGGCUGAGGACGUGUGUAAGGAGCAGGAUGCUAUCCUGGCCUCCCAUGCCCAGCUCCACAAGGCCUGGCUGGAUGGACUGGACUGGUGCAACGCUGGCUGGCUGGAGGAUGGCUCCGUCCAGUACCCCAUCUCCCACUCCCGGGACCAGUGUGGCCGCAAGGACACCGCCGCAGGGGUACGCAACUACGGCUACAGACACAAAGAGGAUGAGCGCUAUGAUGCCUUCUGUUUCACCUCCAACCUCAAUGGUAAGGUGUAUUUCCUGAAGCGCUUUAAGAAGGUGAAUUAUUCUGAAGCAGUGAAGGCGUGCGUUCGUGAUGGCUCCGUGGUGGCCAAGACGGGCCAGCUCUAUGCUGCCUGGAAGAUCCAGCUGCUGGACCGCUGUGAAGCUGGCUGGCUGGAGGAUGCAAGCAUCCGCUACCCCAUCGUCAACCCACGUACCCGCUGCGGAGGGCCCCAACCGGGGGUCCGCCACCUGGGCUUCCCUGACUUGAAGUUCCGCCUCUACGGGGUCUACUGCUUCCGCACGAAUGAAGAGAGUGUUAAUGGUGAUGUGGUGAAGUCGACCCAGGGCCCAAGGAAGAGCAGCAAGGACAUCCCCAUGAAUACCACCUCCAGCAGAAUCAUCUAGAGAGAGACUGAGAGGAGGGUUAAGAUCACUGCCCGUACAACAUAGCUCCAUCCAUUGCUUUAACUAAACAACAUGGAUAAACAUCACUGACAACACAUGCUAAUUUGCAGGAUUCACCAGAAAGGGAAAGUAACUGCUUUGUUCAAUAAGGGGCGGAAUCUUUAUCUGUGGGAUUUCUCCUGUCUGGUGUUAAACGAGGUGCCAGUUUGUUGAGAGCGUUCCGUGCACCUUUCACUGUCUCAGAGAGGCUUAGCUAGUAACUGCAACUGAUCAUAACUUAUCACGCACAUCAAGAUUGGAAAGCCUUUCAUUAAAUAACUCCAUAGUUGACUAUGUGUCUAUUGGAGGCAUGGAGAGAGGCCACAUGCAUGAUGGGGUCUCAGACUCCACAGUGUGUUCUGGUCUCAAUGUGGCUUCAAUUCCAGAGAAAAAGGCCCUUUGCGAGAGGCACUCGACUUCAAGCAGUGCCAGCCGGAGAGAGUCAUAUUAAUUAGUGUGCAGUACAGACAGAGACAGAAAGACAGAGAUAAUUUACUAUGUCUGUCUGCGUGUAAUGAAUGUAGCACAUUAAGAGAUCCUCUCUCUCAGAGGCCUGAUUAGCAGAGACUGAUGAUGAGCUUAAUGCAGACUACUAAUGCCUGAUCAAUCUGUGAAUGUUGCCAGUUGCCAGCAUGAUGCCCAAGCUUUGCCUGGCAUGGCAGGGCACUGCUCAGAGGUGCCCUUUGAGUUUACUGCGCCCCCAGUCACCUGCCUCUGCGCACAAACUGGUUGAAUCAAUGAUGUUUCCAUGUCAUUUCAACAAAAAUAUGUAAUGUGAUGACAUUGA